GUGAUAUUAAACCAACUUCCGGUAAGACUCUCGACAUCAGUGGUUGUUAAAGCCUAUAAAUACGGCUGCUUAUUCCAUUGCUGCGUACCACUCGCAUUUCUAAGACUUGUCGUUUGGUGAAAGCUCACGUGUAAAAGGACCAUGGGGAAUAAGCUGUUGUACCUGCUGCUGGUGACUGUUAUGUGCCUUACGCGAGGAGUUGUUGGUGGGAAUGAUGAUGGUCGUGUGGGAUUGCGCCAUAAUAUAACUUUUGAAAGAAACGAACAUGGUACUAGCGCAGGGCUGAACCUUGAUAGAAGGUGGCUCAGCGGCUACAGAGCAAGCGUUGGAGGCACAGCACAUACUAGCGGGUACUGGGAAAGGAGAUUAGGAAUAGGUAGGGAUACGCCUAACGGACUGAGCUGGAAUGUGGGCAGCACCACGAAUAGCAGGGGCUAUUCCAGGUACGAGGGCGACCUGAGUAGGACGUAUGACAAUGGGCGGUACGGCAUCCACGGACAUGUGGACUCUUAUGGCGGUGUUGGUAUCCGUGGAUCGUGGUCACAUAGGUGGCGACGAUCUGUCAAGGCUCAAAGGUUCAACGUGACGCUUAUGGCUGAUCCCUGUGAUUUCGACUUCUACGACCACGACAAAGAUGGCGGAAUAUCUAAGAAAGAGAUGGCGACCAUAUUCGGAGACGAGGCGGGCGCUGAAAGGCUAUUUGAUGCUUUGGACAGAGAAUCGGUUGAUGGGGUGAUCGUUAGGGAGGAAUUCGCGUUUGCUCCGAAGGUCAUCAACAACUGCUUCCAGGACAGUGAAGAAGAGUAGCACGCAACGACUUACUCUCACAGAUUGACAGUUUUCACUUUUAUUUUAUGUGUUGUCUCGGAAUCAGAUGAUUUUGUCAAUACACAUGUACAUUCAAAUUAGUCAUAUAAGGUAUCUCACUAAUGAACAUUCCUCAAUUGUUUGGAAAACUGCCAAAACAUUCUGAUCUUUUGUCAGCCAAGUCUUAUAUCACUGAUAUCCAGACAGUAACGCAAAAAUGGCUCAUUCUCAGACAAAAGAUAAAAAAAGAUAUCGAAACGGUCAAUCUGUGAGAGUGCAGCUUUAAAAACCGUAGUCAACGUGUUCCUAAAAUACAGCCAAUUAUAGCUUCACAAGUAUAUGCUAGUGUAUAAGAAUGACACAUUCCGUAUUAACACAUUUUACAGAAUUAGUGUAUAUAUAAAAAAACAUAUGUCAAUGAUUUGUUUCAAAAUUAAAUUAGAUGAAAUAAAUGAAAUCCUUACAUAAACGCUGGAUUUUAUGUUUAAAAAAAGUGAACAUGCAGUUUUGUUUUACUUUUAUUUUGUUUUAUGAAAUUCAAUUUUUAGCAUGACCAAAUGUUAUUGAAUAAUUUUCUGAAUAAAAAUGAAGCUAU